AUGAGACUUGAACAACAAAGACCAGCAUCACGUGGAUGGAGAAAUCCAAAUGAACAUCAGUUAUUCACUACUUGUCAUGUUCAACAACUCGCAUACUCGUCUCGAAAUAAAUCUCGUCCCAGUGGCAGAUUUAGAUAUAGAAGAGGAGGAUCGAUGGAGUCGAACAAUCACGAUCAAAGAAACGAGCUUUAUUAUUCACAGAACAAAACACAAAAUAAUCGAAAUGCUAUCUCUAAUAAAGAAGCAAUCUCUGAGCAUUUAGCAGCCUUGAAACAUGUUUUUGACAGAGUCGUUAUCGAACAGUUCUUGUCCAGGGCAAGUCUUGAAGAAGCCGUACGCCUAUAUAAUCAAUUCCGGACUACUAUCCUUGCCAAAAAACCAGGAGCUCAAGUUACUCUGUAUGGUUCCGUAUCUUUCGCUUGUUGUUUGAACGACUCGGCUGUUAUCGAUAUUGAUGUUCAAUGCAAUGGGCUUUUACCUUACAAUACUCUAAGAGAAGUACUCGAAAUUGUUCAUAAUUCUGGUUUGUACAAGAAUAUUCGUCUGAAUACAGAUCAUGAGCCAUGUUGUAUUUCUUUGGUCGUACCGGAAACGAACAUCCAUAUCCGAGUGACAUCAAAUUACAAUCGAGGCAUUUAUUCUUCUGAAAUGAUUCGCCUCUACAUAAGAUUCGAUCCACGUGUACUUCCAUUACUACGACUCUUUCGAUUUUUUGCCAAGAUAUGUUCUCUGGAUAAACCUGAUUUGGGCACUCUUCAUCCGAUCGUUUUUCAUCUCAUGCUAAUUCAUUUUCUGCAACAAAUUCAAGAGCCAGUUCUACCUUGUCUUCAUGAAUAUGAAGAUGAAGUUGAAGAUCUACAAGACACAGACAAUACUUACAGUCUGGAAGAAGAUAUAAUUGAACAGCCUUUAUCGUUCGAUACACUCGUUGAACAUCUCGAUGAGAAUCAAAAGCGUAUCUUCAAACUUGAAUACCAACGGCAAGUUCGUGAAUUCAAUGGAAAAAUGCUAACAAUCAUCAAUGACUUCAAAUUAUUAUCGACAUCUGAUUCGAGUACAUUGUUUCUUGCUGACAAUGUCACUGAUGAACCUCACUCUCAGAAACUCAUAGGAGAUUGUCAUGUUUCUGUUCCAUCAAUUGUAGUCAAUCCGCAGUCGGUUCAACUCGAGGAAAUUAUUGCCACAAAUAUACUGUCAUCGUUGGAAGCGAUUUCACUCGAUAACUCUGUCCAAGGUAUCCAUGAGUUUCAAGCAAAAAAUUUUGGAGCUGAUAAAGGUGCUCCGUCAGUCUGUACCGUGUGCUAUAGAAGUAAUCAUAUCAAGUCCGAAUGUCCCGAAUUAUCAUUGCUGGAGAUAAUCGAUUUGCCUAAAAUCGAGAAAAUAUGGUCUGAUGUACUCUCGUGUCUUUGUCGAAAAAUGGCAGAAGAAUGUAAACCGACUAAGGAAGGUAUUGAAGAACGCGAAACAAUCUUAAAUUAUCUUGAAAUGGAAUUUCGAAAAACAUAUCCCAAUAGUCGUUUAUGUGCGUAUGGUUCAUUCUAUAAUGGUUUUGGUCUUCAACAUAGUGAUCUCGAUAUUUGUGUUCUAUUAGAACUGAAUAAAAAAGAAACUACCAUUCAAGUUCUGGAAAACUUAGCUCAAUCCAUGGAAUCAAAUAAGAAUAUAUUCAGAGCUGUUGAAAUAGUGCGAAGCGCUAGAGUACCGAUCGUUCGAUCAAUACAUCUUCAGUCUAGCAUCGAAAUCGAUAUUAGUCUCAACAACACUCUGCCUAUUGAAAAUACUCGACUACUGAAAAUGUAUUCAGAUAUUGACCCACGUGUGCGCGAACUUGGAUCCGUAAUGAAAACUUUGGCAAAAAAAUGUGAUAUUGGUGAUGCGAGCCGUGGAACAUUGUCGAGUUAUGCAUAUACGAUCAUGGUGAUACACUUUCUCCAACAAAUUCAACCACCUGUUGUACCCGUUCUGCAGCAAUUGAACGAUGUUCAAUUAACCAACACUCCUAUCAUUCGAAAAUGUGCUAAUUGGAAUAUUUACUUCUACGAUGAUUUAACCAAACUCAAUCAAGUGUGGAGCGGUUACGGAUUGAACACAUUAUCAUCAGGUGCAUUAUGGAUUGAAUUUUUACGCUAUUAUACCGAACAAUUUGAUUAUGAGAAACAUAUUGUCACCAUUCGGCAAUAUGAACCACUAUUACGUUUUGAAAAAGGAUGGUUCCGUCCAACUAUUGCUAUCGAAGAUCCAUUUCUUUUGACCCACAAUUUAGCCGAUAGAUUGUCUCUACAAAAAUGGGCAACUAUUCGUCGUGUAUUUCUUCAUGCUCGACAACAAUUCUGCUCACAGCCAAACAUCAUUGAUAUUAAUAUGAGCAAACCGAACAUGGAACAAUUGCAGGAAUACCUUUUUAACAAGCAUGCUCUAUGUCCAGAAAUUGCAGACAAGAAUCAUCCUGAUGAUAAAAAAAAAUAUCAUCAAUAUUUAAAUAUAUAG